UAAGAAUUCAUUCUUUAAUUCAUUCAAUAUAAGAAGAUUCAUUUUAUUCUCGGAUUUGGUUCGGAAAACAUGGCAAUUAGGAGGACCCUCUCGUGAAUAUAAGCAGUGAAAUUAUUCAAAAAUGACAGAAGAAACAAUUAUGUCUAUGAAUCAUCAGGCAAUUAAAAUUGAACCACCUGAAUAUUCAGUAGAAGAAAUUAAACCCGAAAAGAAGAUGAUUUAGAUGAUCCUGAUGCUAUUGUGGAAUCUGAAUCGUGUUCUCAGGACGAUGAAACAUGUUCAGGAAGAUCCAAGAUGUCCGAAGUUUCCUUAGAAGAAGAAGUCGAACAGGACUUAAUCGAGACAUCCUCUUAUAAAUGUGGCAUUUGUAUUCAAUCAUUUCCAGAAUCACAUCAAUUGAAAGAGCAUAUGGUCGUUCACAAGACUAGUCAUAGCAAAGAACGCCCUUUCAAAUGCGAAAUCUGUCACAAGACUUUCAAACUAUCAAGUCAUCUGAAAAGUCACAUGCUGAUACACAAUGGAGUACGCCCCCACGACUGCAAUAUAUGCAAUAAGACAUUCACAAAAUUAAGCAACCUAAAAAGUCAUAUGCUCAUUCAAAGUGGUAAGCGUCCCCACAAAUGCAAUAUAUGCAAUAAGACAUUCACACAAUUAAGCAAUCUGAAAAUCCACAUGCUGACACACAAUGGAGUACGCUCCCACGAAUGCAACACAUGUAAUAAGACAUUCACACUAUUGGGUAACCUGAAAAAACACAUGCUGGUGCAUAAUGGACUUCGUCCCCAUGAAUGCAGUAUAUGCAAUAAGUCAUUCACGAAAUCAAGUGAUCUGAAACGUCACAUGCUGAAGCACAAUGGAAAACGGCCCCAUGAAUGCAGUAUAUGCAAUAAGACAUUCACUCUAUUAUGCAAUCUGAAAAGACACACGAUGAUUCAUUAUGAAUAUCGUCCUUAUAAAUGUGAAGUAUGCAAUAAGGGAUUUACUGAAUCGAAGGAUUUGAGGAUACACCUGAAAAUUCAUAGUAGGAAGAAAAUCAUUGAUGAAAGAGUUCAUAAAAGGCCCAGAAUCAAAAGGAAAGCAAUUUUUGAAAGCAGCGAUGAUUCAAGUGAUGAUUCAAGUGGGAGCCUCUUUCUCGUGUAUUUAUCAUCAAAACACUUUCUAAAAAGGCGAUUUAGAAAAGAAUUUACAGAAAAGUGCCCACUAUCAGCAAGAAAGAAAAGUUCACUGAAAAGGCCUGGAAUCAUAAGGAAAGCAACUUUUGAAAGCAGUGAUGAUUCAAGUGGUGAGCCUCUUUCUCGUGUAUCCAAUAUCAAAAUAAUUGCUAAGAAACCAAGUUUAGAAAAGAUUUUACUGAAAAGUGCCACAAUCAGCAAGAAAGUAAUUGAUGAAAGCAGCGAAGAUGCAAGUGAUGAAAGCAGUGAAGAUUCAAGUGAUGAGCCUCUUUCUCGUGUAUCCAACAUCAAAACACUUUCUAAGAAAGCAGAUUUAGAAAAGAAUUCACUGAAAAGUGCCACAAUCAGCAAGAAAGCAAUUAAUGAAAGCAGCGAAGAUUCAAGUGAUGAAAGCAGUGAAGAUUCAAGUGAUGAGCCUCUUUCUCGUGUAUCCAACAUCAAAACACUUGCUAAAAAAGCAGAUUUAGGAAUGAAUUUACUGAAAAGUGCUAAAAUCAGCAAGAAAGCAAUUUCUGGAAGCAGUAAUAGUAAAGAAAUUACUGAGGAUAUUCGGUCAUGGGCAAACGAUUUUGAAGUGAAUCAUGAUCAAUUACAUACUUUAUUACCAAUAUUGAGAAAAUAUGGGUGGAAUAAAUUGCCAUCAGCUGAAGUCAUUUUGAAAAUGACAGACCAUAUUUGA